AUGGAUAAUACUCGUAUUCAUAUUCACAUCACUUCGGCUAUAUUCGGGGCUGCCGUCAAGGGAAUUAUCGUGCGAGGAGGAGCAUUGGCGUUGAAUCCAACGCAGGACCUUCUCCGAACUUCGCAUGCCAUCGCAUUGGGCUUGGCAAUCCGGGCGUUGGGUUUGGAUGGCCGUCGAGGGGACACUUUCGUUCAAGAAACUGUUUUCCCCGAUGCCUCGAUUCGGGCCGAUCUCAUUGGGAUUCAAAGUGAUGGGAUUGACAAUGCUAUUGCUGUGAGGGCGGGAGAAGUUCACGCGUUUGCUCGUCAAACUCCGCGAGCUGCGCCGACCUUCCGUGGUGGAGGGGAAGGUCUGGUAAUGCGUUUGCAGGGAAAGAUUCGGCAGAAACCCACGGUUGAGGUCGUCCUUCGCGGUCGCCGCGCGGUCCUCGCCGGUGGGGGAAGGAGCCACCAAAUCCUUUUUCUUUCCCCCUACUUCUUCCUUUUCGAGGUUUGUGUUGUCGGGCGAGGCCGCCUCGCCGCGGGCGUCCCCCGCGGGACCCCACAAAAUCCCUUUCACCUGCCGAAUAAAGUUUUUUUCGCGGCGACGGAGUGCCGAUUUUCGCUCGCACAAGGUCUCAUAGAGGGCGUGGACGGUGGUAUAAUGGCCCCACAAUUCCCUCCAUAG